AUGGAGAUACUGUUCAGUGUGUGGAAGAAAUACCACAAGAGGAAAAUUCCUCAUGAGGAGAAAAUAAACUGCAUUCCUCAGGUGAACGAGUCCACAGGUAAGUCCUCCAGAGUCACCAGAGGACAGAAGUUUUCACUGAUGGACAGACAUCUUACAGCCAAAGAGGAGGAGAGAAAUUAAUGUUUUAUACCUGUGUGGCUUUAUGUUAGUCACAACUUUGACUUUUGAUAUACUAUAUUUUUCUGAUUUCGCCUCCAAAUUAAAGCUCUCAUCAGCAACUUUCUGUUUCUGUUCUAUCUGGUGCCCCCUGUGGCAUAGGCAGUGCAUCACAUUCGUUUGGUUAUUUUUUCCUGUACUCGUUGAUGUCAAGUUAGUUUUUUUCCGAAAAAUUGGUGUGUCAACUGCUAACUAGUCAACUGCACAAAGAUUUUACAAUUAUAUUUAAAAGAAUUAAAAAACAUUUGUUUGCAUCAUGUUUUUGCAAAGUAAAAAUCAUAAAAUUCUUGCAUACCUAAUUAAAAAAACUUCACAAGGCGCCAAGUCAUUUUGCAAAAUACUCCAAAGAUUCAAAAUGCAAAAAUAUUUGGCAAAACAAACAAAAAAAAUCUAUUAAAAAAUGCUAUUUUAGUUUUUUUAAUUAUAUAUUUUAAAGGAAUCACCAGGGAUACUUAUAAACCCUGAGUUCAUAUCAUUUCUCCAACAACGGCUGUAAACAUGUUAAAUUUAGCUUAAAAGUUUUAACAUGAGGCUCUAUGGGUCCCGACUCACCGCAGGACACAGCCUCUAGUGGAUGCAUGAGGAACUGCAAACUCUGGGACUCAGAUUUUAUUUACUUUUUCAUCCUUUUAUCUACAUUUUGGGCUCUUUCCUUUUCUGGCACUUUCAGAUGUUUUUUUCUGCCUCAAAGUUCAACUAUAAACCCUCUACUGCCCGUUUUAUGACUCUUAAAAAAAUCUCAAAUAUUUAUGGAUAGUUGGCGGUGUUGAGGUCAUGUUGACAUCCUGUUGCUUGAGGAUGGUGAUUUAUUUAUGUGUAGACUUGUUAUUGUCAUUUUGAAGAAUAUUGAAACCAAAUGAGGACAUUAUUGAUGAGCUUUGGGGGCACAAUGACAGAGAAAUAAAUUAUUUUGAUUGAUAUGUUUUUGUUUGGUUUGUGUUAGCAGCAUCUGUUCUCACGGUUCUUUCUCAGGAGAACGUUAUGUAAUGCUCCUGAUGGAGGAGUGUGAAAGUGUGUUGAUGUUCCUCUGGAAAAAACAAAGCAGCUUCAGUGAAAGACAAACAGGCCGACAGGAAGGUUUUCAGAGAGAUGGAGGAGCGAUAACGCUCCACCUGUCUGAGCAGAAAUCUCCUCAGGAAAGAUAGUAAUGAAGGUUUGUUUUCAUGAUUUCUGUCCAGCUGCUCAUGAAACCCCGUUGACGUUUGACUUGUUGUGGCGCGUGGGAACGUCUCACUGAGAGAGAAGAAUAGAGGAUUUUUGUCCUUCCUUUAACACAAAGCACACAUUUGGAUUCAGAUUGAAAGACGAUUUUAUGGAUUUAAAGAAACGUCUUUGAAAUCCUGGGAUCAGCCGUGAGGUAAUGUUUGACGGACCCGCCUGUUGGAUGGCCCAUUCUCACUCUCUGUUCUCAUGGUCGUUACUGAAUGUCCAGAAAUGUUUUUAAAGUUUAAUUGAGGAACAAUUAUCACACUGUGAAGGGAUGAGAAAUGGAAGAGACGUCUCCCAGAAGUAUCCACUAUGAAAUUUUAAUUAACAGACAUGAGAAAUGGGCGGAUCGUUCUGUUUAAUUCUUGACAGUUUUUCUCUCAGUGCUAGUCAAAGAAAUAUGAUUUUAAAAGAGUAUUUCAGUAUUUUUUAAGCCAGAUUGUAUGAGUUACAUGUCACUUUAGAGGGUUUUAGCCACAAUGGAUGCAGGUCAAUUUGACCCUAUCACUGAGAAACCACUGUGAGAACCAGCAUGCAAGCUAGGCUACAAUUUCCUGCAGAAGAGGUGCCAAGCAUUUAGCUAAUUUGGAGAGACUCUGGCCCAAACUUUUACAUCAGUUUGAAUUCACACUUCACUGAGAGAUUUUUCUUUACUUUGCAAUAAGAAAGUCCGGUUCUGCCCGCAGAUUCUUACUGACAUCCAUUUCAGCUAAAACACUUACAGUAACAUGUAUCUCAUGCAACCACACUUAAGAAACACUGAAAUAUCCCUUUAAAUGUGGUGACCCUGACCCUAAGGUUAAAACUGAGAAUGAAAAGAAAGAGAAAGUUAUAAGCAUUUGUGUUUGUAGGCCACCCCUGCAUAAGCUACAGCCACUCAAGUCCAAAAAGUCUGGACACGCCCCUGCUAAAUGUACAGUGGAUGAUGAUGAUGCAAAUCUCAAAUUAUAACUGAUUGAGUCAAGGGUUCAAAUUCUUCAUUUGACCGUCUUGCAGUCCUCAUAAACAUGAAAAUGUACAGUUACAGAGGAGUAACGGAUGAAUGGCUCAGUCUUAAAUUUUUCAAAACACCAGCAAAACGGCUCGUAGUCUAAUCCUGUUGUUUCAUCUGAGAUGUAAAAUAGGUCAGAAUGUGCUCCUGUGUAGGUUUGGUCUUUUAUUUGUUUGUUAUGAGCGAUGACUCACCGAUAAAUAUUUGGAGAAAAAGCAGCUGUGACUUCAGAGAGAGAAAAAACGAGUUUCCCACCGACUCAAAGUUUGGAAAUAAAAGAAGAGAGAGAGCGAGCAGCUUUGACAUGAUCCGUGUUAUAACACUCGCCCUGUGCUUAUCUGUUAUGGUUCCCCGCCCGGAGCCGAUAUAUAAGAUCAAUACGGGAACGCCCAGUGGGUAAACAUUCCCCAGGCCCCCGGCCCGGACCCUCAGCCUUCAGAGGCCUGAGCGCUCUGUCCUGACCCCUGCACCGUGAAGGUGAGCCUGUGGUGUUUGGCAGCACCGACGGAAAUCAAACCCUUCCAUUUAUUAGUUCUCAGAGCUCGUGUUGUUGUAAGGAUCAGAGAUGAAGAAAGGCUCAGGAUUAAUGCGACGAAAAGACAAACAAUCGACGGGCCGUGAAAGAUGUAAAUGCACCGCAGAGUAUUAUUUCCACUACUUCAAAAGACUGCAGGCCGGCUGCAGCUGCCACUUUUUAUUUUUCUCACAUUGUUUUUGAAAAAAAAAGCGUAAUUUUUAUGCAUAUAUAUCAAGUUACAAUGAUGACUCAACUGCUAAUUUAAAAGGAUUUGUUGGAGAAAUCGUAAAACCUUAAAGGCUUAGAUCUCAGGUUGUAUACCCAGGUGGAUGCCACACCUCUGCUUUGAAAGUAAAAGAAAAAACAUACCAUCAGUCUGAAUGCAUUCCUCCUUCAAAAGAGGUUAAAUAAAAGGAGCAAAAGAAACACAAUCAUCUAUUUUUUCCCGUUAAUGCGCUGAGGGAACCAAUUACAAUACUACAUCAAGUUUUCUCUAUUCUAUUCUCCUGCAUCAUGUGUGAGCCACCAUAAGGCUAUGAUAGAGGCCUUUACAUUGUGGUAUCUUCUGCACUGCAUCACAUUUUCUCCACUGGGAAAAAACAGAUUUAUAUUUGUGAAAUUUUAAGUCCUGACUGGUGCACUGGCAGAGUUUUCUCUUACUAUUAAGGGACAGCCACAAGUUUACAAAAGGGGAUACAAAUUGCAGUUCACCCUGUUUUCUCCACUAAAACUUCAGCUGUUGGAACACUGUCGUAUUUCUGUGCAAUGAAAUUUAAGCCUGAGGAGCUUUCUGAGAGGACUCUUUGCAUCAUGUUUUCUCUACUGCAGGUGCACAUGAGGCUAUUUUCUCCACUGAAAAGACACUUUUUUUAAUCAGUAAUAUUUUUUUUGACUCAGCACUCCAAAUAGAACACUGUAUUAUGUUUUUUUUUCAUUGAUAGAACACCCUAAAUCUUAAUGCAAGUUUUCUCUGCCACGUUUUCUCCACUUGAACAAAUCUCUUAGAGCAAUGUAUCAAAAUGAGCCCCUCAUAGUUCACUGUAUCCCAUUUUCUGCACUGCAAAUGAACAGUUAUUGCUGCACAUCACAGUUUUUCCACAGUGUGGGGACCUGCAAUUGCACAGAAUUAAGUUUUCUCUGAUAAAAAGGACUCCAUCACUGUCCUAUUUACCUCUACAGGGGUAAAGAAAAAAAUGCAGUGCUCCACAUUUUCUCAACUAGAUCAGACUCUUUGAAGAUGCUGGCUGGUUGUUUAGAGAGAAUGCAUUUGUCUCUGUGCAUCAAUUUCGUGUUUUCUAACUGCAAUUUUCAUGCACUGCAACCUGUUUUCUCCACUGCAAGAGCACCCGAUAGAGCAUUUCCUCCACUCUUACUAGAAAUGCAAAAAAAAUGUUCCAUUGCAGAGCCAUCAUCAGUGUGGUGCAUCAUAUUUUCUCUAAUGAAAAAGAGUCUGUCAUCACUAUUCAUCAAGAGCAUCCACUAAAACCCCAUUAACAUUUAAUUUUCUUGGCUGGAAGGGCCACAUCACUGCAAUACAUCCUGUUUUUUCCACUGUAAGGGCACUUUGUCAUGUUUUCCUGUGUAUUUGCACAUUGUAGACAGUAUCUAAUCCAUCCGAAAGGACACCUUUGGCAGGAAACAAGUCUUUCAAGGAGGCGUUCAGUCACGAAGCCUCAGUUCCUUUAAAUAUAAUUUUUCCCUCAAAAUAACUUCAACGUGGCACUAAACAAGCAGCUGUCAGCUUCAGAAAAAAACUGUUUUUGUACCACAGUUUUCAAGCGAAGAGCACAAAUACCUGUUUUGGUGGUUUAAAGUUAAGAUCCAACUGCAAAUGUUCCCACUGUGUUGAAUAUAAACCAUUAAAAUCAAUGUAGACUGCAGCCUGACGGUCCUGGAUGAAAGCCUCCAUGCUAGGAGGCUCUGUUGGUAUGUAAUGGCCUACAAACCCAGUCUAAAUAAACCAGGGUUACCCACAUUGCCACUGCAGCGGCUUUUGCUCCAACACCUUUUUAGUUUGUGAUUACUAAGAAUGUUCUUUUCCAUCCACCUGAAUGUUUCCCCAGAGUGGCGUUCACCUCGGGGAACAUUCGAGUUGAAAAAGACGGAAAAGUAUUCGGUGUUUGUAGAGUCACAUCUGUUUCAAAGAUGAGACUUUAAACGACUCUUUCGAACAACACAGAGCUGCUUUCUACUCAAUCCCAUUCAGAGUGAUGACAGCAUCAGGAGAUUUGGGUUGGAGCUGAGGGAAACUGCUAUGUAACAGCAGCUCCCAUGAAGGCACCAGGACAGAGUUGUCAAUCAGUGCUACCUGCACCGUCAGCUCACCCAGACCUGGAGGGAGUCCAGCUGAGAGCAAUCGGUUCAUUAGAGGCUGCUAAACAUAUGUCUCUGUCACAUGAAGCAGCUUUGUUUGGGAGAUACUGUCAAACUCAUUAAUUCUUCCUCAAAUAAAUGCAGACAUUCCUGCUUUUACUGCAUCAAACAUGGCAGAAGAAUUAAAGAAACAUUAAACUAAAGGUAUGCUCUGGGCAGGGGAGUUUAGUUUUACCGUCUGAAUAAAACCCUGAUUGUCAGAUUUAGGGUGUUUUCAUUAGACGGAGUCAGUCUGGUAUUUCUUCUGAUCGGCCUGUGUGACAUCUUAACUGACUCACACCCACAUAAACACACUCACACACUCACACUCAUGCUGUACAUCCCCUGGGAUUAGCUGCAGUCUGCUCUGAGUCUCCUUCAUACUUUUAUUUUCUAACACUCUUCCUCUGACUGACCUGAUUUUCCAUCAGCGGGUGAAAGAUGUCUGACAUUCUUCUUCUCUGCUCUCUUAAACCGUUGCUCAGUCUGUGUGGUCCGUCUCUGGGGACGACGUCAUGUUGCCGGGAGUCGGACUGACUCACCUGCACCGUGUGUGACCGACUGGAUCAACUUGGACUCUCUGCAGCUAAUGAGCAUCCUUUAAUACAGAUGACAUCAAGCAGAUUUACAGACAGUGAGGAGGACAUAGAGAGGCAACAGUGUCAGUGUGGAACAGAAGACAGGAAAUAACGGCAUCUGAAGUUGGCAAAGAAGGUCCUGAGGAUGGUGCUGAAGGUCCAAAAAGGAACAAGGAAUGCUUGAAAUAAAACUGUCACCCAAGAGGUCUGAAGGUGAAGGUGCCAGGUGUUGGUAUAAACCUCCCCAAAGUAGACAUCGGCACCUGGGUCUGAUGCUGAGAGUGCAGAGGACCAAAUUUAGACUAUACCAUUGUUAUCAAGAAAACUGCAGUUCCUCUACUGUCCACAAGAGGCUGUCUCCUCCUAAAUAAAGUCCUCAUCGAGCCCCAUGUUACUAAUUCUGAAUUCUACCGCAGAAAUAAACGUUUUUACAGCCUGCAUGCAUGUUGUCGGGGGGGGGGGGGUUAAGUCAGAAAUGGAAGGAUGCAGAUAUGGAAAAACACCUAAACAAAUUUGGCGAGCUCUCCAGAAGAACUAGCAAAAGUUAAUUUGAUAAACUGUCAAUAUUUUCACAAAGCUGCAAGACUUACUGAUAGCCAAUCUGCUUUUGUUGGGUCAUGAACUGCUGUCUAGUAGCUGAGAAAACACAGCUUUGUACUGAACCUUAAUGUUGAAGAAAAAAACAGUGUUUACCACAAAUAAAUUAAUCAGCAAAUUGACUCUAGCUGCACAUUGUUGUUUGGAAAUAAGAGGCAACAUCUGUUUUGUUUGUGUUGGUUUUUGCAGUUGGCAUGUCCAGCUACAACCUUUACUCUGCAGCAUCAAAGCCAAACCACAACAGUGAAGGAGGUUGCAGAAUCACUCUGGGAGAGGGAGUGAGAGAAGUUUUACAUGCAUGCCUAUGCAAAUCACUCCUGUUGUGACAUCACGACAGGAGCAGAAUAAUUCCCAUAUUUUAGAAACUAUUUUUUCCAAAAAACAGUGGGUUUUUUAUCAAUGCUACAUAUUUAAAGAUGUUAAGCUGAAGGAUGACUAAAGCGUGAGCAGAGGGAUGAUGUUUUUAAGGUUAAAGACAGUUUCUUUUGGCCACUUUUAUCCACUAAAUACUGGAAAGUGCUUCACUCAUGAGUCUUGGGUUUGAAUCUCUUGGUCCACACCUGCUUUUUUAGCAUUUUUAAGAACUGGCACCAUAAAAAUAAAGAUUGAUGGAAGCAGAGGAAGGACUUCAGUGAAGUGUAAAUACCUUAAAUUUGUCCUGAAGCAGUCUCUGAGUGCUGAGUUACAUUCCUCUAAAUAAAAACACAAUUUGAGGCGUUCGUGCCCUCUGCAGGCCGCCUCUGUUGCCGUGACGAUGAUGUGUGGACUCAGCAGGGUGAAGUGAAGUGAGGAGUUGGUGGAAAAAGGCGGUAAGAUGCUGGAGGGGAGCGGGCCAUGAAUACACUUUUGAGAGGUUUUCAUAAUGGCUGCAGUGAUUCAGAGCUAAAUUAAGCUCAGGUAAGCCGGCUCCAGCUUCAGGGCGGGGCUUGUAUUCUCAUAAGUGGUAUUAUUUAGCCGGUGAUGUCAGUAAAUUGGCGAGUCGCUGGUGGCCUCGCUGUUCCAAACUGACAUAGGAGAACAGUAAAUACAUUGAUGCGUGCAGCCUCACAGAGCGACUCGCAGGGCCAAGAGCUGCACUCCCAAUCUGUGAAUCACAUCCCUAAACAUCACAGUGGCAGCAUACCAGCCUCUUUACUCAUUCAGCAGCAUCUCCCCGUGUGAGAGAGAGCACAGGGUUUGUUUUACUGAAGAAAGCCACGUUUACUCAUUUACAGCCACCGUGCAUGACCUUUUGGACUCCAAAACACAAACAAAAAGACAUAGAUGAAUGGUAGACGCCGAGGAGUGGAGAUAUGAAGAAACUUAUCAGAUUCAAGGGAAACGCAGACUGGACUGUAAGAAGCUGUGUGCGUGAAGUUUUUUUCAAACAUUGGCACUUGCCACAACAUAAUCCAACACUGCCCAAGUCCUUUCGGUCUUUAAACCUGGGCCCAUGCUGUGACUUCCACUCCAGAGUCUUGAUUUUGAUGCAGGUAACAGCUCCUGACUCAGUGUAAUGCCGAAACACUGAGGCUUAAACUAAAAGGACUAAAGCUAUGAGCUCAUGCUACAUACUGAAGCUAAAGCUAACAUGUUUUGGCUAUGUUAUUAUGUGAACAAGCAGCGGCUAAAGCUAACAGGUCUAAGGCUGUGAUAUCAUUCCAGCAGGUGGAGGCCAAAGCUACAAAGCUAAAAAAGGAUUUGGAUAAAGUGCAGUCAAUCAAACAUUGUAUUUAGGUCCGUGUCGAUCAAAAGAAGUUUGAUUUCAGAGGUUUUAGAGGUUUCUUUGUUCUCCAGCUGUCAUAUUCACUCUGAGGUCAGUUAAGUUCAAAGUUUGUUUCUUUUUCUUUGGUGGAUGUUAACGCCCAGCGGUCCAAUCACUGGACUACUGCCAUGGCUGCUUCUUGAAGUUCACAGGUGUACGAAGCUUCUCUCAGCACAAUCUCUUGUUUUGUUGGCCGGCGUUGUCUUUUUUUACAUCUCAGCGCUAUGUUUCUGAGCCGCAGAUAAGCCGUUGCCAGGGAAAAUGUAAAAGUGGGUCAUAUGUGGAGGUCAGAGGAGCCAAAUAUUCUCAGAUUCAGUUUCAUUAUUUGUGUAUCUCUGUUUCCUCCGGAGUCUUUCAAACGGGCUCAGUUGGACGUCAGGAUGAGGGGUGAGGAGAGCGGGAGGGACAUAUGAGAUGGACCCUGAUCACAUGACAACAAGAUGAGGGUCAGCAAGGGCGGCUUCAGACUCUAAGGACAGGGCAAGGGUGAGGAAAUGAGGUCUCUUAGUCUGGGCCCUGAAGAGGAAAGUAGUUAGAGUUUAAAGGUGGGUGCAAUGAUGGGGAUUGGCAUGCAGCAAAGGGAGGAAUCAAACCCAAGACGCCGACCCUGAGGACUGUAGUCUAUAUACAUGGGGGACGUGAUUAAACUGCCAAGUUAAAGAACUUACUUUCAUACCAAAAUUUGGAGUUAAAUUUGUUGGUAUGAAUCUUUUUAGAGAGCAAAAGCCAGAGGCGAGGAGAGCAGCUGCAAAAAAAAAAAAAGAGCACAAAAACAAGUACAGAGUAAUGCUGCGUUCCAGUUACCUCAGAAGUCGGGUGUCGGAGCUGGGAAUGAUGUUACACCUGAGUUGACGGCGUUCCAGUAAAGUUGGAAAAGUUGGAAGUUGGAAAACCAAGAUGGAUGCCUACAGUUAGCCAUUGUUAGCUGUUGUUUACGAUUGUCAGCUGUCGUUAGCCAUUGUCAGUUGUUGUUAGCGGCUGUCAGCUGUUGUUAGCCGUUGUCAGCGGUUGUUAGUUGUUGUUAGUGAUACCAGUUGUAAACAACACAUAACACAGUAUUUUACUCUUACAAACACCAUAGCACCGUGUUCACAGUUCGACGUUUGGCAGUACAACAUAUACCACUUACUUAAUCUCGCAAAAACAAAACAGAAGUGCUAAUAAUACAUUACAAGAGCUUUCACUGUUACUCUUUACUGUUAAUGCACUGCACUGCCAUCUUGAAUUAUGAUGUCAUCAAGUCAGGGUGGUGAGGAUCAUCUGACUUUCUGAGUAGGAAAGCCUACUUUGGGGGGAUGUUCCAGGUGAAUUUCUGACUCUAAGCUCGAAAAUUCCAACUUCCGACAACAACUGAAACGCAGCAUAAAAUCUGGUCAAAUCAGACAAAUGCACCAAAGUGGUGGACUGCUGUUUGUCUGGGUCUGCUCAGUACUGUGAGGUGUGGACGAAUACUUACUGUUCUGACAGGUGGAUACACUAAAGCUACUUGCAAUGCCACUAAAAGUCGGCUUCUGGUUGGCUCUCCGAAAGUUAGUUGAGUCAGCAUCUUUAAUGACGACCCCCGCUGAUGGGUUUCAAAACUCUUUAUUUUUUUCAAAUUUGAAGACAUCUUUUGGUUGUUGUGUUUUCAUUUCAAUUCUUUUUGACAGAGAAAACAGAGUUAAUCAGGCAGUAACAAGUAUUGGAUCAGGCGUCUGUGUCAGCAGAUACUCAAUAUUAAAAAGCUGUUUCAGGACUCUUCCCUGUAUUAAACACAAACCAAGGACAGAUAUAUGUGGAUACAGAUCUUUUACAUUUCUUUCAGCAGCCUCUCAUGUCACUGUGGUUGAUAUUUUUUCAUUUUCACGUCGUCCCAGAUGAAAAUAACGAGUCUACACGGGGAGGAAACGCACCGAAAAGUGUUAGUGCAGAGGGAAAACUCGGUCCUGGCCGCAGCGUUCAUGAACAUGAAAUUGGAUUACGGUGGACUACCUUCAGCCAAUGUUUUCCCUCUCUGGUAAAUUACCCUCAGCCGCUGCACGGUUCAACACAUAGAUCUCAGAUAAGGCUGCAGAGUGACGUUCAGCAACACUUUGUGGGAAUUGGAGGCUCCGACUCUCUGAAUCCUCCACAAGCGCGUCUUUGAGUCCAAACUGCAUGGGAACCAUUACAGAGAAAGGUAUACAGAGUAAAUAUAUAGAGCGGGGUGUAAAUUGUCAGCUGGCUGCGGCUCUAAGUAAUCAGACGGGAACUUUGGAGCCGGAGUGACCCGAUACUGCUGUAAUUUAGCUCCUCUUUGUGUGUAAUAAUCCAUUUCACGGUUUAUGUUUUAAGUGGAGAAUUAAGUAAUUCUUUGCUUUCUGGCUGUUUGUUCAGCAGUUCUGCUGCGUGUGGUCAUUUUCUCCACAGUUUAUAAUCCUCCCCGCAUAAAUCGCCCUUUGAAGCCUCCUUUUCCUUCCACACAGGAACAUUUCCCUGUAUCCGGUUUAUGGAGCAGCUCUCCGGCCUCUUUCUGAGGGCGAGAUCUCGUCUUGUGUCAUGUAAACGCUGACAUUCCCUGGGAGGUUGUCAGAGGAGGAAGAGGGAGUCAGCCUUUUCCACCAAGGCCAAGUCAAACAUUUCCUUUAUUGAGGAACAGUAUCUGCUGAUGCAUAAAGAGCCACUGUCUGAAUCAAAGAGGUAUUGAUGCAGGAAACUCAAACCGCAGGUUGGAGCGCUUCACCUCCUUUGUGCAGCUCACAAUUAAUCAUUUAAAUGCAUAAAACGGGAAACCCCCCAAACUUUAUCCUGGAGAGAGUUUACAGCUGAAAUGGAGGAAUGUUGUUUGUGUUCGGAUCCAAACGUUCCAGAGCUGAGGAGAAUUUUUACAACCUGGACCUUACUUUCUGCUGUUGGCCAUCGGUCUUAUUGGGUUUGAUAGAGUUUUACUCUUCAGGGUAUUAAUGUGAUUUACCUUUCAGCACAUUAAAAGAUAAUUCUCUUAUACAACAUGUAGUUUGAUGUCUUUUUUUUCUAAAACAACCCCUCAUACACUAAAAACUGCCUCUAAAACUGAGUAUCCCCCUGCUGUAAGCUUUAAGACCACUGUGACUCCAAAAGCUCUUUCAAUUGCUCACAAAUUUGGUCAUUUCACUACACAGUAAAGACACAUGUUAGCUUUAUAACCCCACUGUCAGGACACAUUUCCCUAGAAUACAGGCUUUUACCAGCACGAGGGUCCAUUUUUUUUUUAUUACAUUUUUAUAAAACAUUUGCGCUUUUGGAAAACUUUAGAUUUGCUUCCUGUCAAGAUGAAGAAAUAACCUGUACCCAAUGCUAACCAAACUAACCAAACUGAACUCAUAUAAACCACUCAACCUGACCAAUAUUAACUCAACCAAACCAAAUUAAAUCCAUCAAAAACACAGACUCCAACCAGAACAGACAAAUCCAAACUCGACCAGACCACCUCUAACUAACCCUUACCAAAUCCAACUGGUCUAAAACAAUCCCAACCAGACAAAAGAAAAUCAAACCAAACCCAACAAAAUCUAUUUAAAACCAUCCAGACCAGAUCACAAACCUCAACAGUUCAACCAUAUCUAACCAAACCGGACCAAAACCAAAGCAACUUGCACCAAAACACUUCAACCAAGCAAAACCAAACCACUAAACCCAGCCAGACCAAACUAAGCCCAGCCCAACUAAUCAGUCCCAUUUAGAUCAUUUUAGAUUCAAACCAAACCCAACAAAAUCCAUUUAAAACCAGCUAAACCAGACAAAAUCCACCCAAGCUGAACAAAUCCUACUAAACCCAACCACACAAUUAAACCAUAGUUAACCCAACAAAGCCAUCAAACUAUAUCAACAAAGUCAAACCCAACUACAUUCAAAAAAAUCCUAACCCUAAACCAACCCCAACCAGAUCAAAGUAAACUCAACCAAACCUAACAAAAUUACAUGGAAACCAAAUAAACUAGACUUAAUCCAGCUAAAACAAAACCACCAAGCCGAACAAAUUCUACUAUACCCAACCACACCAAAACCUAACCAAACCCCUCCUCGACCAUACAACCAAAACCAUACUGAACCACACUAAACUGGCCAGAUCAAACCUACCAAACUAAACCAAUCCACACCAGAUCAAUGUAAACUCAAACAAAUCCAAUCAAAGCAAACAAAAUACAUCUUAACUAAACUAAAUCUGAUCAAAUGAUCAAACACAAUCUCUCUCACCGUCAUGUAUCUACUUUGAGUCCUGGAAUUCAAUGAGCAUUAAUCAGCUCACCAAACUGAAAACCACAUAUCUCAACAGUUGAUAGAGUUCACCCUGAUAUCCUCUGAAGUGAAAUACUGAGUAAGACUCUGCGUCAUGGCGAAAUUUUACCCUGAAAAACAGAGUUAAGAAUGUUUCUCUCCUCUGGAGCACGGCCAUCAAGUUUAACUGUGUCUCUUUAUUUGGUUUGUAAAUCUGAAUCACCCGAUUGGAUCCGGUGAUUAUGGAUUUAUUUCAUGUUUACUCGCAGGGAGGAAAAUAAAAAUCGAAGUUAUAUAAGUCUUUAUGACAUAAUUUUUCAUCUUUAAACUUUGGGGAGCGAUCAGAUCUUUCCAAGUAAAAAGGCUAGAGUAAAAACUCAAGUGGAGUCUUUUUUUUUAUUUCGUUGAAUCUGAAGUCCGAUUGAGGACCACGCCUCGGACAAAUAUCUGAUGUGGAUCUGUGGGUUCAGCAUGAGUGGGAAGAAGGUAAAGAAAGGGACGUGUUUUAACAUGAAAAUCUCUCCUCUUCUUGAAAUCCUUCCUUCUUAAAGCGUUAGCAGAGUCUCAGCUGUGUCAUCACUUUCUCCCAAAGCUGCCUCCCUCGUCCUCUCAGACCCGAUCGAAGCACCUGGAACCGCUUCAAGGACUCCAGGGUGGUUCUCCAAAACCAAUAAACAAAGCAGUUCUUAGGUGAGCAGUCCAAGUGUUCAUCAGCCUGAUAGGUUAAGGACGUGUUACCCCCGCCGUCCACACCCACAUCAUCUCUGCUGCCCUCUGGGCUCCUCUCUGGACCUGCAGAUCCUCCACAAAUCGUCCAAAUUGGCCUCAUUUAAGCAGCAGAGAGGCUCAAACCGCUGACAUCACCGCUUAUUCCACAAACACGUUGGCAACCACAGUACUGGAAAAUUAGAUAAACUUUAAGAAACAAAUGGCCAAGGUCUCUGAGGAGAGCUGCUUCAUCUUAAUGCUUGCUGAAUCACCCAUGUGUUUACUCACAUAUUCUCCCACUGUAAGUCCUAUAAUGAGGGCUAAUGGCUGCAUUAUUAAAGGACUGAAGAUUUACACUCUCAGUCUUUGUGUAGCUGCACAAACUGAGAGGAGUCUGAAUCUUUUGUUUCUGCAUCUGCAGCCUGCAGAGGGAUUUUGUUUGUUUUGCUAUCGACAAUUCCAAGGAGUAUGAAGGGAUGAUUUAUACAGUUAUUCUCUUUUCUCUUGUAGACUUAAGUAGUGGCAGAGAUAUUUUUCAAGUGUAUAAACGGAGACUGAGUAAAACAGGUUAUUACUCAUUCAAAACUAGUUGAUAUCAAACCACAAACAUGGAUGAACAGCAGUAUGAAAGUUAAUACUACUUGUGUCCAAUAGGUGGCAGUGUUCUAGUGAUAAAAGUAAAUAGGUUCUGGCUUAACAAAUUUAUGUGUUCAGGGGUAGAGCUUGAUCAUGCAUAUGAAAAAUAAAUCAGAUUAAACACUCUAAGAAGGAGUUACUGUCUCCACACAUCAAGCAUUCGUGCGAAUGACUUACAUGAUUAGUCAAUGCAAAGAUGUGAUUAGACGCUCCUGCUACUCUGGUGGCGCAAAUGAUGAGAAUUGGGCGGGAGCUGAAAAUGUCUCAACUUGAGCGGACAUUCGCGUUGCGAUAACUAAUCAGCACGAAGGUUGCCGGUUGAUGUAUAAAAACAGACGGUUGUUCACUGGUAUUUAAAAUGAAGUACAAACUGAUCGUGUUAAUGUGUGGGUGCCCCGAAUUAAAUGAUACAUUUUCUUCCAAUUACCAAAACCAGAAUAAAAAGGAGCUCGCAUGGAGGAGUAAGGAGGUCUGGUAAAUUGUAACAAACCUUUGUCUAUCACUUGAGCCCGCCAGCUGAAUUGGCAGGAAUUUGACGCACGAAUGAAGCGAGUAAACACUAUUCAGUCAAACGUCUAGUUUCGCGCGAAUUAAGCGAGUAGAUGAUUUUAUUCAUGCUUGGUGUGGGCGCCCAAUUACGGUGACAUUCUGUUUCUUUGUGACACAUGUACAUUUCUGACAACCAGAAAUUCAAAUCAAAAAAGUGGACAUCCUGUUGUGUUUUAGGCGCCAGCGUAAGAGGAUUUCUUGGUUUGAUACAUGUGCCAAUAGAGAUCAGACAUGCCUGUUUAUGCCUGAGGCUGAAUGUUUUAAAUGUGGAACUUUAGGAAGAGUUGCAGAGCCACUUUUUGGAAAGUUGUGGCAAAAGCCAACAAAUAUCAAAUAUCUUGCCGAUCCUGAUGUGUGCGCUGAGUUGAAUGAGUUUUUGGGGUGUGCUUAAAAGUGCAUCUGAGGUAAAGGACUUUUGUACAUGUACAAGCAAGAGAAUAAACACUGCACCAAAGCUGAGUAUGAGCUAAACUUUGUUCCCUCUUUGCAAGAAUCAAAGAGACGCUCCUCCCACACAACCUUGUGCCAGUUUGGAGUUGCAGCAGUAAACUGAACCCCAGAUCCGCCACACAGCACCUCUGGUUUCUGAUCGAUCAUCUGUAUUAAAGCCACAUGCUGCUGAGCCAAACCUGAUGUUAGAGGCUUUGUGAGUCCUCCAGUCAGCUGUCUGCUCGUUUAUGCAAAUCUGAGAAUCUGACGAGGAUUCCUGAGCAUCAAAUACCCGAAAAAUAACUCUCAUGUUUGGAUAAACGUGCUGCAUAUUUACGGGGUGAGCCGAGAGUCUGGAGAUGGACGGAGGAGGCGCAGACACUCGGCGGUUUUGGUAGAAAAUGAUUUUACAUCGCUGGUUAACCACAGCAUGAACACAGCACUGUAUAAUUCACUCAGAGCAAACAGUGCUGAGUUUUACAGCCUGUAGCCUUGACGGGAGAAGAGCCGCCGGCUGAAUUACUGAAGACAAGGCAAGUCCAUGAUGAUGACAGAGUCAGGGCGCUAACGACCAGUGAGCUAUAAUGAGCUGAAGUCUGACGGGAAGAUAAUUAAACAGGUCAGAGGUUCCCAACCUGGAGGUCAGUGCCUCUUAAAGUGGUCUAGGAGAUAACACUGAGACGACAUAAGAGGAUUAAUGAUAAUAUUAUCGUUAUCAUGAUGUGUGUGAUUGUACAUUUGAAGGUUUUAAGAUAUGUCAGCUGGGUUUCCCCCGAGUGUGCGUCUCUAUAUGUGUGUGUGUCCCUGCAGGUGCACGGAGCCGGUCCGAAUGUGUUUAUGUUGAGGGGUGGGGGAGCUCUGGGAAGGUUUCUGGGCUGAUCUGUCCAAUCUGUGAUACACUGACUUACUGUCCUGGGAAGGGAACUCCGGGCCCUGAUCAGCCGGCUUUAGGGCUUAGCUCCUCUAAUGUGCUCCAGACUUUAGAGGCAGCCCGGCCCUCCAGAGGCCGAGAACGAGGCCCCAAAAUGCCCCAUCAGCACAUCCAGUGCCUGGCUGCUCUCCAGCUGCUCCAAACGCUGCUCCUCAGGUUAUUUUCACAGGAGUCAGAUCUCGAGGAGAGGUGUCCUCUGCAGCUGCUGGGAGGAGGUGAGAGCAGAAACUCUGUUAGUUUACACUGGCCUCUAAUUAAAAAGAGAUAUCAGUGAAUCAGUGGUACCUCAGAUAAGACAGCAGAGAGUUACAGAGCUGCUUUGAAACUUAAUUUUUAAGUUCAUCUAUCAAAUCAGAAACAAAACAAUUCCUGAUCAAAGUCCGUUUAGCUGAUCUGAUUUUUUUUAUCUCAUCACAUCUUCCUCCUUGAGUUAGACACUAUUUUUAUCGUUUUAUGUUUGCAUUUUCUGUUUAAAAUGACUUAGAAAAAAGUCUUAAUUUGAAUGCAUGUAAAUCUAGCUCAUUCCUGCUCCCGUGCAGAAGGGGGCGCUGCUGUCUCUGACAUGGUUUGAAACUCUAAAAAACUCCUACAGAGGAUAAACUUUUGAAUGUUUUUAGUCUGUCCUCACAGAUAUAUCUAACUUUACAGCAGAAAUAAACAUGUUAACAACCUGGAAUAAAAACAACAACAACCAAGGUUUUAUGUUUUUGCUCUUGUGAUCAUAAGUAAUGUUAUAGGUUUCACAGGUAAGUUUUACCGAAACAAAUGAUUUUCAGCUCAGUGCUUCUCAAUUCUGAAAAACACAGUGAUAAAGUUCAGAAGAUUGAGACCCGAGCCAUUCAUUUUCCUUCCUCUAUGCGAGAAUGUCUGUUAGAAUGUCUGUAGUGAGAGUGUCCGUAUGUUUCUUUAAUAAAGUUCACUUCAUAUUCAUAUUGCAUAUUCCCUUUAACUGUCCAUUUCCAUACCUGUAUAUUGUUUUUGUUUAUUUUAACUGUGUUUUAACUGUGUUCUUAAUGCCUGUACAAUGUCCUUGGGUGUCCAGAAAGGCGCUUUUAAAUAAAAUGUAUUAUUAUUAUUAUUAUUAUUAUAUGGUUUCUCCCCUUUUUAACAUUCAUUAAGUACCCAUUUUAAAGGCAGAAUGCAACUUUUCAAAAGUUAAUACUGAGUUGUAGACAACCUCAUCAGGACUCAUUAAAUCAGACAGGGCACAUGAAUUAAUAUGGAUGCUAGAAAACAGUAAAUCUGCCCUCCAAAUUGCUCUCUGCAAAAUAAGACUGCUUAUAUCAAAGAUAUCAGACAAACUGCAGAGGAAAUAUUUCUUAUUCUAAGCAACAGUUGGGUUUUAACCAACAAGGUUCAGGAACAAAACCUUUCACCCCGACAAAACAUCUCAAUAACCUUACUUCUGAAUCGCAUAAACAUUUUUUUUCCCAUCAAAACAGGCAAUACCAAAAUUAUAUGUCAAGUGUUCAGGGUUCUUGCUUUAGAUACAGUGUUCAGAGAUUUACACCUUAAUACCAACAGUGAACUCAAAUAUCGGGAGAUGAUAUAAGCUACACAGGUUGUAGAAAAUCGCUGUGAAACAACUGUGCUUCACUUUUAAGUCUCUUUUUCUCAAAGAAAAUCUGCCAAUUCAAUAUGUCCAAGCAUCCCGACUCAUAGCCACUUUAUUAAGGUACGUAAUAAACAAAACCGUUUGUAAAUCUGUCAAGAUUUCAGCGAGUUAAGAGUAUUUUUGAUCAUGCAAAUUACUCACCUUCCAUCAGCUACCAUACAAUGUACGAGAAUGGUAUACUGAAGUAAGAUGGCCGCCGUGUACGGACGCCGGUGAUUCUGAUCGCUUCCCGCGUAGAGUGGCGGCGCUAUUUUUACCUCUCUUUCUAAAUCCAUAUAACACACUGAAGUCCUUCAAAAUCACACUUCAAAACUCGCGCUAUGUUGAGUUUGACGUUGUUUAAAUGUAAAGGUAUAAUUUUGAGGAUUUCACAGCGUACAAACCUGAAAAACACGGUAGAAAAGUUUCGAAGAUGGAGACCCGAGCCAUUCAUUUUCCCUCCCGAAUUUCUGAGGAGGGGGCGGUCCCUCCAGAAAGUCAUCCGGGCACAACACGCCCUGGCUCAUUAAUUCCCCUCUCCAUUCUCCUCAUGAACUAAAGUUCCUUCACACCUCAAAUAUGUGUAAAAUAAACACUUAGGUUUUCAGUAUGGAUGGAAAUUGUCUUUACAUUUAAUGUGUAACAUAGUAACACUUGUGAAAACGACCCCUUUCUUUUCUUUUCCUUGUUUAUUUUUUUUUUCUAUUUCUUCAUAAAAUAAAUAUUAUUAUAAUCAUUAUUUGUCUUUCUAAUAUUUAAUAUCAUUUCACAUCCAGUCCAUCUAAAAAGGACUACUUUUUUAAAAUCAGCCUAUCUUUAUAAACUUGCACAUGUAGUAAUAUUUAAACAGCAGAAUCAGUGACAUUUAGCUGAAACACCAGUACGCUGAUCUCUAGUUUUACUCUCACAGUCUCUCACAGCAGCAGCUCAGUGUCAGAGGUGGUUCAGUUGUGGUGUGUCUGGAGGUCAGAGCUGUGAUGCGAAGCUCGCUGUGAGGAUGAUAUCCUCACCCUCGGGGCGAAGCGUUGAACCGACACUCACCCUUCAUGCUGUCUGCGUGUCUGCAUGUGUCACGGCCUCUUCUGGGAAAUCUUCCUCUAUUUUGGGAAAAGAUAAAAACCUGUGGGUGGUUCUGAGGAGACAGAGGUCCUCCUCUGGAGACUGAAUCAUCGUCAAAGUGUCCAGAACGUCAGGGUAUGAUUAAUUACUCUGAUUUAUUACGUCCUAUUAACAUCAUUUCACUGACAGAGCAGAAGACAGAACUAAUGUGAACUCAUCUGUUGUUGGUUUGAGUGCCUGAACUUGAGUGGAGAUCGUCUCCGAGUGGUGAAGCUCCUGAUCUUUUCUUACUAUUAGGUGUUAGGUCCAGAUUUCAGUCAGAAAAGUGCACUGUUUUAUGUUUGUAGCCUGCUGGCCAAUCAGGUGUCAGCAGGGAAAACAGUCUGUAUGGAGAGCAAAAUCAAGAGGAGCACAAUCCACAAUAUUGAAGUCACAGCUCCCGGAGUUGGUAAUCUGAGGAUUUCUUUCUUUAAUCCAAACAUUUCCAUAAUCUAUAAAUGCAGUAUGGUCUUUCUCAAGUUGUCUGUGACCCAUCUUUCUAUGUCAGUGCUGGUUUGGAUCCUGGUUUUUCAGGUUAACAACCUGAAAAAGAAAGGUUACUCGGUACGCCUUCAGUGUUGUGCCACCUCCUGCAACCCAAAUCAGUCUGUUGCUCACUAUCGCCACAUAGUGGAGAGAAAAUUUAACAUCCUUCUCAGAUUAUUUCCCCACCCUUACCCUAACCCUAAAAAAGCAAAGUGAAAGAACCAAAUUCAACAAAAGUUAAAGGUUUAUAUUAAAAGUUGAUCAAAAGAAACAAAUGUUAAAAGCAUGUUUAUAUUGUUUUUGUACAUGGACUUCAUCAUUGCUCUUUAACACAGGUGUUAGCAUUUAGCAGUCGAAGAGUUAGGUUGCACCCCUUCCUCAUCGACUCAGCUUGUAGAAAUAAAACGUAAAAAUCUUUUCUCUUUCUCUGCUGUUGUCGUGUUCCUGGUAUAAUGUGUUUUGUAUUGACAUCAUGAAUUGUGCGCUGUCAGAGCUGCAGGGUCUGGUGCGAGGUAGUUUGCCCUUUCAGCAGCAACCUGACAAACACUGUUUCAGUCUGAACUAAGCUCUGUGACAUUUAAAAUGAUCCCUUCAUUUCAUAUGACGGCAGGCGGCUGCUCGACUCACAGAGCUCAAACAACUCGAGGGAUUAUUCAAAAAUAACUCUGAGUGACUGUCUGAGCAUCUCUCUUCGGUCCGUGAUAAACAUUAUACGUACGACAUGACAUCAGCUACAACAACUCAUACUUACUCCCUUUGAUUCAAGCAUGAAUAUCUAUCCAUAACCCUAGGGUGACCAUAUUCUGACUUCCCAAAAAGAGGACACAACUACGCAGUUGCGGAGUCAGAUCAGGAGUCAGGGUCGGAUCGAGUGUCUUUUAUGUGCUUCUAACUCAGUGAGUCCACGUGACACAAAAUUAAAACUCUCGUACAAAACUGCGGACAUUUGAAGGAUUUUAAAAACUUCCCCGGACAAGCCCGGACAGUCCCCAAAAACGAGGACAUGUCCAGGUAAAAGACAACAUAUGGUUACCCUACAUAACCUGUUAACUGUAACCUAGUCUGUUCAAUCUGUGGACUAAAAAUGUUACUCAUGGUACUAAAUGUGGAGUUCCUCAGGGAAGCAUUUUUGGCCCCUUUUUAUUUCAUACACAUCCUUCAACAAGAGAAUACUUUCACAAACCAGCAUGCCGAUUAUCACCGUAUGCAGAUGAUACUAAGUUAUAUAAGCACUUAGAGCUGCAUGUUUGGAAGGCCUACCAGAGCACCGCUUAAUGGUGUUAAUCAUCAUUUUUACAUUGAUAGAACCAAGAAGUUCUGUAUUGUUCUGUAGGCCAGUAUCCAUCCCACUCAGAGGACCGGUCCACAGGGUCUCAUGAGCUAAAGGGUCUCACCAUAACAGAGAACAUUCCCACAGCAGCACUGGCAGCUAUUGUCAACAGGUCUGGGGAUUGAAGGUAAAUCCCGCUCUCUUUGUUGUAGUGCUGGUAUGCGCUGACAUCUGGAUCAGCACAGCCUGGUGGUGGAAAGGCUGGGUGGGACCCCCGACUUGGGCCACUGCUGGUCUCCCACGGGUCUUAAGACCAAUAACAGGCUGCAGGCGAAGGGUCCACAGGUGCACCGAGUCCUGCAGCCGGGCCUCCAACAAUAA